AUGUACCAGCGGCUGUCCGCGACACCGUGCCCCGUUGCUUCCUCAGAUCUGACCAUAAACCGACGCGAUUCGAUCUUCAGUAACGACACCACCACAAACCUUGAUUUCACGACCGAAUUCAAGGCUUCAUUUCGAGAUGUCAAGCCUAGAAGGCCUCCGACAAAGAGGAAGACCGCAGGCCUGGUCGGAAUUACGAUUCACGAGGAUGAAGAGCUGAACACGUCAGGCAAGGGAGGGCCUGAACAUACAGCCACAAAGGAUUUACGUCCUCCACAAUCGAAACCAUUACAGCAUCCUAGGCGGCGCGUCAGCUUUGCUCAAGCAGCAGACUCCUCAGCAGACGCGCUUUGCGCCAGCGCCCAGCCUACAGGUCUCUCCAAGGCACCGAGACGGCAUUCUAUACGUCCUCAAACUACAAGUCAAGCUAUACUUUGUGAGGAUACGCUGCCAGUUGUGCCGUCUCCAAAGAUUGCAAAGCCAGCACGGCGCGGCACUAUUUAUAUACCGUCCGACGACACCACGAUGCCGUCAAUGUUUUUGUCCAUCUUCUCGCCCCUGAAGAAUCCCCCACCAAAUGCAGCGGAGCAUGAUGCAGGAAAAGAUAUGACUGGCUUAGCGAUGCAGAUGGCAUACAAGAGGAGAGGUCCACGGAAGUCGACACUAGCCACAAGCCCCAAGCGUGGGCCUCUACAUCCGUCUCGGGAUGCACAAGCUCCGAAUGUUCUUCAUGACCGUCCAGGGACAGGGCCAGGGAAGGAAAACCUACCACCCGGACAACAUGUACGUGGGAUACCGAAAGAUCACCGGCCGACUUCGAGCAAGGAAAGGGUAGAUCCAGGUAAGGCAGUACUGCCAAGAUUGGGUCAACAUCACACGUCUCGACUUCUCGAGCCGAUGACCAGCUCCUUGGGUCGCACUCAAGAUAAAACUGUCAACGCCGGGAAGAAAACCAAGCCUGCAUGGAAUUCAAACUUCCUUCUGCCGAAACCUCGGCGGACUACUCAACAGCAUGAGCAAGAAGAAUACCGGGUCGAGACAACUUCAGAGACGCGAGCGACGUUCUCAAAGUCUAGUGUGCCCUCAAGAUUUGUCGUUCCACAUGUCGACACAGUGGUCGAGCAUCAAUAUGACUUUCUGCCGGAAGGCGUUGCUGAUGCUUCAAUGUACGAAGAAGAUUGGCUCGGGCAGCAAGAAGUCGCGAUCACUCAGCUGAUAAACAAUCUUUUCGAUGCCUCUCCAGUGUCGCGAGGAAACUAUCUCGAUGAUCUUCAACGACUGAGAAUGACGGAAGUUUAUGGCAAGCCAUCGAUGGCAUUGCUGUACAAACGACUACAAGGUGCCCUUCUGUACGGAUCACUAAGUAUACCGUACGACACGUUGGAGCAAGGACACCAACUCUACGGAGAUCUUGGACGGCGCAAAUCGUAUACACGAUUCUGGCUGGAUACCUACGACAACCAAAUACUCAAGCAAGGGCUUGAAGUUGUUGUGGGUCGCAUCAUUCCUUCACGCGUCAGUGCAGAUGGCCGUGAUAAAGAGUCGGGGAGUCCAGCACCUAAGGCGCAGCGGCCCAUUCAGCGCUUCAUCGAGAAAUUUAUGAUUCGCAAUGAAGAUGCUACCCCGGACUGCAAGUCGACAAAGCCAGCGGCCUGGUCGUAUCGCAGAACAGUCUUGCGCAGCCUCAUGUUGGUGAAGCUCCUGGAUAUGGUCAAGACCGAGGCGAGUUUGAACACCACGGCCAACCUCUUCCGCUCCAACUCCAGCUUCAAGUCUUCCUCGAACGCACUGGCUGCUGUGAUGCAACAGCUAAAUGCUAGCGCAGGUGAUCCGACAAGAACGCUGAAGCAACUUGGCUAUGCACUCAGCCAUGUUCAAUAUCCUCUCGAAGAAUUCAAUUAUCGCAUCACCAGCCUUGCUGUGGACCUUAGGGACGGCGUACGUCUCACAAGGCUGGUUGAGCUCCUGCUGUAUCGAUCAGCAUCGCGGUCUCUUGGCCAUGCCCAGGACUCGGAAGGGACAACGACCAUCGUGAUACCUUCUGGAAAUACGAUCAAUCUUGCGGAUGGAGAUCAAGAUUGGCCCCUCUCUCAGCAUCUCAAGAUGCCAUGUAUCAGCAGAGCUACAAGAUUGUACAAUGUGAAACUCGCCUUGUCUGCUCUUAAAGAGGUCAAAGGCGUAGGCAGCAUUCUUCACGAUAUUUCUGCAGAAGACAUCGUGGAUGGCUUUCGCGAGAAGACGGUCAGACUACUUUGGGGACUCAGUAGCAAAUGGGGUUUAGGCGGCCUCGUUGAUUGGGACGACGUUAAAUCAGAAAUCAAACGCUUGGGUCGUACCAAAGGCCGCAUCGGGAAUCUCUGCUUGGAAGACCUUGAGUUGGAAGAAGACGAUGAGGGCUAUCUGCGAUUCAAGAGCUUGCUCAAAGCUUGGGUGAAAGCGGUCGCUAUCUCGCAUGGUCUGCGCGUCAGGAACUUCACUUCUGAUUUUGCAGACGGACGUCUAUUCGAAGCUCUGGUCCGAGAAUACCAGCCAUUCUUCCAGGGCUGCGCUGUCGUCUCGAAACAGAAGAGCUUGGCCGAACGACUCGGAGCUUUGGGCUGCAGCGACGAAUUCGCGCGACUAUUCUCGAACAACCAUGGGAGCGCUGCCGGUCAGCAGAUAUUCGAUCGAGACUUUGUACUUGCAUCGAUUGCCUUUCUCUGUUCCCGCCUUCUGCGCCCCUCGAAGACAGCACGCGCCGCCUUGGUGCUGCAAAAUGCAUGGCGCAGACACUGGGACAAGGUCAUCGUGCGCAGGAAACUGGUUCUACAAACCUUAGCCCGGGCUUGCGCAGAACAGGUGCGUGCCGCUGAAGCCAAAGCAUGCAUCUGGCGUACGUGGUGCAAGUUUCGUAGCAGGCGAAACCGUCAGGCCCGUCAACGAGCCAAAGGAAUGGAUCAGGAUGACAUUUGGUUGUCCUUGUGA